AUGGAUCUGGAAAUUCGAGUAGCAGCAGAUUAUGAAGGAAGCUGCUGGGAGCAAAGAAGCAAGCGACUCCAAUUAUUAAUGGAAGCGGAAGGACUACAACAGCAACAACCUGACAUUUCUCAUGAUCAUGAUGAUAUCUUCAUAGAUCUUCAAGCACUGCAAGAAGCUAUGCGCAAAGCCGACGCUGACUGCUUCCUUGAUACAUUAGCAAGAAUUUCAGCUGAAAAAAGAUCAUCUCUAUCAACUAUCUUUGGUCAAGUAGGUCCAUCAGGUAAUUCGUUGCUUCAUGUGGCAAUAAGUUCAGGAAACGAGGAGAUUGCUCAACUCAUUGCUUUUCAUUUUCCUCUACUCAUUUUCAAGAAAGAUGUCAAAGGCGAUACUGCUCUUCAUUUUGCUGCUAAAAGUGGAUUGCUUGAUACAGUUCGGAUCCUUGUAUGUUGUGGAAAAGAUUUUUCUGGUACAGAUGUAGUUUCUUUAGGUGCAGAAAGUACAAGUAGUACUGAGGGUGAUAGGUUAUUAAGGGCAAAAAAUGUGCAUGGAUACACGGCUUUACAUGAGGUUGUGAUGAAUAAACGCUAUGAUGUAGUUCAAUUUUUAAUUUCUGCAGACCCAGAAGUUUGGUACUAUGAGAACAAGGAAGGCUGGUCUCCAUUAUAUAUGGCUGUCAAAAUAUAUGAUAUGCAAAUUUUUCAGUUACUGCUCCAAGCUCCAAUUGGCCAUGGUCAUUCGGUUAAAAGACUAGAAGGAAAUCCACCAGCUCAUAUUGCUUUUAUGGAAGGCAAAACAGUUUCUGAUAUGUUAGAAGAGAUGGGAAAAAUGAAUCCUGAGAUUUUGCACUUGGAAGAUGGAAAAGGAAGAACGGUACUUCAUUGGGCAGCAUAUGCAGGCCAUAAUAUUGACACAGUUUGCUUCCUUUUAAGUCAGUGUAGGCACAGCAUGUUCAAAAUGGACAACAAAGGAUCACUUCCCAUUCACAUUGCAAGCAAAAGAGGUCACAUUGUAGUAAUCAAGGAGUUCCUGAAGCACUGGCCAUAUCCGACAGAAUUGCUCAACAAAAAAGGUCAGAAUUUUCUUGACACUGCUGCUAAAAGUGGAAAAGUUAAUGUGGUGAGGUACAUACUCGAAACUCCUGUGCUGGAGAACCUUUUGAAUGAGAAAGAUGUAAAUGGAAAUACUCCAUUACAUUUGGCAGCUAUGAAUUCUCAUCCCGCAGUUGUGCUUACUCUGACAUGGGAUAAGAGAAUAAACUUGAACCUUCUCAACAAUGAUAUGUUAUCGGCUUUAGAUGUCUCUCCAUGGAUAUCCAGCGGAGCACCAAGAUCGCAAUACAAUAUAACACUUUGUGCAUUGUGGUCUGCUGGUGUUUGUCCAAGUUUGGAUCUAAUGAUUCACAAGCAAAAGGGACAAAAUUUCAAGCGGCAAAACCCACGCAAAUUUGAUUAUCUGAAAGAAAGGGUUGGAAUCCUCAUACUGCUGGAAACACUUGUGGUCACUGUCACCUUUGCUGCUGCUUUCACGAUGCCUGGUGGAUAUAACAGCUCAGACAGCCCAGACAAAGGAAUGGCAACCAUGUUAAGUAAGCCUAUGUUUCAAUUAUUUGUGAUAUGCAACACAGCAGCUUUCUAUUGCUCCAUCGUAAGCAUUUUCUGCGCAUUCUGGACAACUCUUCGAGAUGUUUAUUUAGUAAGAUUUUUCUAUUUCUGGUCAGUAUCGCUUUUUGUAUUAGCUCUUGUGAUGAUGUCUUUAGCAUUCAUGGCUGCCGCACAUUUAGCAGUAAGCAAACUUGCUUGGCUUGCCUACUACAUUGUAGUGGUUGAAGUUCUAUCUUCUUUUGGCCUGCUGCUAAUGUUCACAGUAUUUGUAUUUCCACUUGCAUAUAGGCAGCGUUUUCUGCGAUAUAUCUCCUAUUACCUCUGUCAGGUAAUCAUUCCGCUAUUAGGAAACUAUGCCAUACUUCCUGUCGAGAAGACACAAGAAUCUGACAGUACAGAGGAAAAGGAAGCAUAACGAACCAAGUUGUUGUGAUGUCGGUUCUCUUUCUGCAGAGAUAGCUUGUCAGCCUUCAGGUUAUGUCUGGUAGGAUAUCCGCAUUCCUUCACAAGAAGUGAACUCCUUUUCUGGGCUGAUGCGGAAUGAUCCUGCCAGACCCUGUCUGGCAUGAUCAUCCUAUUACGCUCCACGAUUUGGUUGAUUUUAUGCUGUAAUAAGUUAUGUAUGCUUGCUUGAUCAAAUUGUUUUGUUUUCAUUUUGUUCUUGUUGUGAGGUGUGAAUUUUGACAAGGAGUCAUGCUUGGCUUCUCAUAUUGAAUGUAAAAUCCUUUCUUACUAUCAAUACCACUUUCUGCUACAUCCUACAGAUUGGGAAGUUACUAUUAA